UCUCUCUCUCUGCCCCUCCCCCGUUCAUGCUCUGUCUCUCUCUGUCCCAAAAAUAAAUAAACGUUGUAAAAAAAAAAAAAAUUAAAAAAAAAAAUCCAGGGAUCUAAUGAGUCUUUUCCCAGGAAUAUUGAGCUCACAGGUCCUACUUUGAAAACGGACUUGUUCUUUGAGAAACAGGGACCUUUUGGUAUAUAACUAUCCGCAGGGCCUCCCUCUGAAGUCUCAAUAUAUUUGACUGUGUAAAAGCAUGAUGGGCUGUCAGAAUCUAUUUAGGGAUCUACUGACUGAGUGUUUUGGUUUUGCAUCACUAUGCACAUAGAUGUGUUGCCUACAAUUUUACGUUGUUGGAAGUUUCAUGCUUCUCUUUUAAAGGGGCCUUGUUGCAGUAAUAUGGGUUAGUCACUCACCUGAUGAUAUUACACCGUGAGCUGUGGUCAUGGCAAGGGGAUUUUUGGUAGUUAAAUUCCCCAGCUAGUUAUGAAGGACGGUGGUCUUCUGACUUUUGGGCCGAUCAGGUGCAGUUUGAUUUGGAGUCAUGGCUUUUCCCCAGCCUUUGCAGAAUUGAACACACAGCAUUCAUUCAAUCAGCAGCACCCACUCAACACCUCUGCUGGCCUUCUGCUUCCUGCUUGCUGCCAUCCUAGAAGAAGUGUGUCUUUCUCAGGAGUAUCUUUGUGUUUAGCAGCUUCAGACAUUCAGGCAAGAUGAUUCAGGAUGUUUGGGGUACAGAUUUUCUUUUUCUCUAGUGACCUGAGGAGGAGGAAGUCUUAGGUUGAAAAGAGCCAUUACUGACUUUUCUUGCUAAGGUACCAAUGAGAAUUUGGGGAAGGAAUGUGGGCCUUCUGCAAAAGCAUGAGGGUAGAGCCUAGCUCCUCAAACUGUCUUUGUCGCUGACCAGCUGUGUCCCUGGGCAAGGCCCUGGCCUUUUCUGAGCCUGAACAUUCUGUAAAUCCUUCCCCUCCAUCUGGGAUCACGAGGUGUAACAUAAUAUGGGGUGUUCUUUCAGCUUCCUGUUUUCCUAUAGAAACAAGAAUGUGCGCUGAAGAGUACAAAAUGACUGGUAUUCCUAAAAAUAAAUAAUCAAGGCUGUGACUUGAAUAACUAGCAACAGAGGGGAAUAGCUCUCUGUUUCAUUUGAGCAAGUUUUUACCUAACUCUUUCGAAAGCUCCAGGUCAUUUUUGUAGUGUUUAUUUUAAUUAAAAUCCAUUUAAUUCAUUUAAAGCUCACUAAAGAUACCGGCUUUACCUUUUAGCGGCUAUUUUUAAAAGAAAAAAAGAGGCUUUUUGGAGCAUAGCCUUAGUGAUACUUGGUUUUCCCUUGAUGUUUCUGUUGUGAUCCUGUGAGAUUUGUUAAGUACUACUUCUAUUAAAUGUUUGCUGAUACCAUCAGUAACUAAAGUUCUCUCUAUCCUCUUUUUUCCCCUCUCCUUCUGGCUGGUUUAUCUCAGUUUUUUUUUUUUCUGUCCCUUCUGCUUCCCCUUCUUUAGCCUAACCUCACUGCCCAGGCCCCUUGUGGAAAAAGGUUGCUGUUUUUAGCUAGUCUGGGGGAAAAAAAUCCUGAUUCACUCCCCUCCCCACCCAUCUUGUGGUGGGGCACUUGGCCUUAAAUCAGCAGAGUGUGUGUGUGUGUGUGUGUGUGUGUGUGUGUGUCCGCGCGCUCACUCCAGCAUGCCUGCCUGCAGACCUGGUGGUAUGCUAGUGUGUGAUUGCAAGCACAUGCACACGCCGGCACGCCUGUUGGUGUGUCAACGAGUGUAUGUGUGUGCGCUCACGUGUGUGUAUGCUCGCAUGGCGCGCACACACCGGCACGCCCGCCUGGAGGCCUGGUGUGUGUCUGCAGCGUAGGCACACACGCCCGCCCCCAGCCUGUUGUGUGUGUAUUGUACGUAGUGUGUGUGUGUGUGUGUGUGUGUGUGUGUGUGUGUGUGUGUGUGUGCGCGCGCGCGCGCCUGUCCGCGCGCGCGCCCGCGGUGCUCCCCCUUACGCACGCGGGGCGGGGGGCUGCCAGCCAGCGCCCCUCCACCCUUUGCGCGCCCAGCUGUUUCUAUAGGAACCGCGACAGCGCCCGGGCCCCUCCGGCAGAGGCCCCGGUGCGAGCAUGCCCAGUGGAAGCCGCUAGUUUGGCUCCGGUCUAGGUUUCCAGUAAGUGGCCUGCGGGACUCCGGAGAGAUCCCCGGUAGCUGAGCGGAGAGUCUUUGUGUGCAGAGGGAGGAGGCGGUGGCGGCGGCCGCCUGGCCUGGAGACCCCGCCCGGGAGCCCCCACCAGGAACAAUGCUAGCCUGCUUGACCCGGGGGAACUUACUGGACGUCCUGCAGGAGGGCUUCAAUGAGCAACAGCUCCAGGCGUAUGUGGCCUGGGUGAAUGCACAGCUCAAGAAGAGGCCAGCAGUGAAGCCCGUGCAGGACCUGCGACAGGAUCUUCGGGAUGGGGUGAUCCUGGCGUAUCUCAUCGAGAUCGUUGCAGGAGAAAAGCUGAAUGGGGUACAGUUGAGUCCCAGUAACCAACAGGAGAUGAAGAACAAUGUGGAGAAAGUGCUACAGUUCGUGGCCUCCAAAAAGAUUCGUAUGCACCAGACUUUGGCUAAAGAUAUUGUGGAAGGAAACCUGAAGUCUAUCAUGAGGCUGGUCCUUGCCUUAGCAGCUCAUUUCAAACCUGGCUCCAACAGGACAGUGAGCCAAGGACGGGACUCCAGAACCCCUCUGCAGACUCACCAACCACACUGUGCCACUGCUGUGGCCCAGGGGGCAGCUGCCGCUCUGGCCGACGUGUGUCAUGACAUGUCACGGUCGGGACGGGAUGUCUUUCGAUACAGGCAGAGGAACAACAGCGUGGACGAGGAGAUUGAGAACCCAUACUGGAGCGUGCGAGCCCUGGUGCAGCAGUAUGAAGGGCAGCAGAGGUCCCCGUCUGAGUCCAGCUGUAACAGCCUGACUUCACCCAGUCCUAUCCACAGCGCAAAGAGCGAGUCCAUUAUAACCCAGUCGGAGGAGAAGGCAGAUUUUGUGAUUAUUCCCUCUGAAGGGAUAGAGAACAGAACAGAGGAGACAGACUCUCCGUUUUCCCGAGAUUGGCGACCAGGCAGCCCCGGGACCUGUCUGGAGACCUCAUGGGAAGAACAGCUGCUGGAACAACAAGAACAUUUAGAAAAAGAAAUGGAGGAAGCAAAGAAAAUGAUAUCAGGAUUACAGGCCUUACUGCUCAAUGGAUCCUUACCUGAAGAUGAACAGGACAGGCCCUUGGCCCUCUGUGAACCGGGAGUCAAUCCUGAGGAACAACUGAUUAUAAUCCAAAGUCGUCUGGAUCAGAGUAUGGAGGAGAAUCAGGACCUAAAGAAGGAGCUGCUGAAAUGUAAACAAGAAGCCAGAAACUUACAGGGGAUAAAGGAUGCCUUGCAGCAGAGGCUGACUCAGCAGGACACAUCUGUUCUUCAGCUCAAACAGGAACUGCUGAGGGCAAAUAUGGACAAAGACGAGCUACACAACCAGAAUGUGGAUCUGCAGAGGAAGCUUGAUGAGAGGAACCGGCUCUUGGGAGACUAUAAAAAAGAGCUGGGGCAGAAGGAGCGCCUCCUUCAGCAGCACCAGGCUAAGUUGGAAGACGCACUCCGGAAACUCUCUGAGGCCAGUUACCAGCAGGUGGAUCUAGAGCGGGAGCUAGAACACAAAGACGUCCUUUUGGCUCACUGUAUGAAAAGAGAGGCAGACGAGGUGACCAGCUACAACAGACACAACUCUCAAAGCAAUGGUUUUUUCCUUCCAGCGGCAGGAAAAGGAGCUGCUUCCAUCACUCACAAAGGGACCAGCGAUCUGCAGCUGGUUCGAGAUGCCCUCCGAAGCCUGCGCAAUAGCUUCAGUGGCCACGAUCCUCAGCACCAUACCAUUGACAGCUUGGAACAGGGCAUCUCCAGCCUUAUGGAGCGCCUGCAUGCCAUGGAGAGCCAGAAGAAACAAGACAGAAGGGAUUUUUGUGUGGCUCCUCAGGUUCGGGGCAAGUUACCAAGAACUCAAGCAGGUAGUGAAUACCGGGAAUCCUGGCCCCCUAAUUCAAAGUUGCCUCACUCACAGAGCUCUCCGGCUGUCAGCAGCACCUGCACUAAAGUGCUCUAUUUCACUGACCGGUCACUUACACCCUUCAUGGUCAAUAUACCAAAGAGGUUGGGGGAGGUGACACUAAAGGAUUUUAAAGCAGCCAUUGACCGGGAGGGGAAUCACCGGUAUCAUUUUAAAGCGCUGGAUCCUGAGUUUGGCACUGUCAAAGAGGAGGUUUUCCACGAUGACGAUGCCAUCCCUGGUUGGGAAGGGAAAAUUGUAGCCUGGGUGGAAGAAGACCAUGGAGAGAAUUAAUGCUGAGUAUUAGACUGGGGGCUUGUGGAACUUGGCGCCCCCUGGCUGUUUCACUCAGGAAAGAGGACUAAAACCAGAAUACACUAAGAAGUUUUUAGUUCGUGCUACCAAAACAGAAGCUUCUCCAAGUGUAACAGCCCCAGGCCAGUGCUGUUUCUGUGCCUGGUAUAUGUAGUACAUUUUUUAAAACCCCUGUCAACUGUAGACCAUGGGUCCAUCUGGAGUUCCUUGUCCGUGGGAACACAGUGUUUUAUUCUACUCUGAGGACAACAAACCAAAGGCCUUAACCAAUGGGAAUGGAUGAUCCCGCUCCUGUAGGGGCAUGGCUGCUAUUAUCUGGAACCUGGGAAUUGGAUGCAUCACUCCUGUGUGUUACAGUUUUAUUUUAAUUGGCCUCAAUGGUUGCAGCAAUCAGAGUCCCAGCAUUUGUACUCACAGACAAGGCAAAGGUACCAGCUUUUUUGCUUCUUUGCAGCUAUUGCAAACCAAGAAUAACUCAUGAGGCGGUACCAAAGAUGAAAACCCACUCUUCAGGAAUUUUUUGGACCGGACAUGGAUGGUGCUGAACUGUUGACUGGAUGGAAAAAGCCCAUAUCGUGCUAUACUUGCUAAAACCACGACUGAGGAAGACCUUUGGCUGCCUCUUGUGUCUUAACUGGUUCUGCAACUUGUCCCUUAGCCCAUGGAGGGCAUGUUUCAUGUACUGCCAGUUUUCUCUAGGGACUCUGUCACUGUAGAGCCAUGUUUUCCCCUUCCAACUGAUGAACUUUGUGUUUGAAAGGAAAAAGGAGUUUAAAGUCUCCUUAAAAAUCCAGGCGGGUAUGGAAAGGUGCUGCUACCCAUAUUUUCUUGACUUUCUUUCUCUCAUGACUUCCUGUAGCUCGUGGCAUCUCCUCUGCAUUCAAAAGGAGACAGACCAUUAAUUUUGGUAUUUGUGAUUUAUGAGUACUGAGCAUGAGUCACUGGUCUGCCCCUCCUCAUUUCAAGGCCAGAGUUAUUUUCUAUUUUAUAUUUAGUCUAGGUUGAUCCUUUAGGGCACAAUAGGAACCAUGGGGCAUGGAGCAUGAGUUGUGAAUGGCAGGGUUGAUUCUGGGUAAAAAACCUAGAAUCCUUUCUCAUGUGCAACACUGUCCAGUGUAGAAGCUAAAAGAAGAGUUAAACUUUCAGAGAUUACUGAAUAACUAGGGUUUUCUCAGUCACUUACCAAACACCAUCAACUAAUCAGCCAUAUGUAUAUAUAUGUAUGUACACACACACACACACACACACACACACACACACACACACACAUUCAUUCCCCAAAGCAGUCAGCCUGUGACCACUGCCAACCAGAAGAGUCAGACAUGUCAGUUCUGGGUUCUUGAUCUGUCUGUCUCUAUUUCAUCUCCCUUUUCCAACUGUUUUAACAAACUACUCACCGGAGCUCUGAAAUGACAUUUUGUUGUUUUAUAUAGAUGUGUCUUUUAAAAAUAGUUCAUGUUUGGAGAAUUCUUUUGUACUCAUUUGCCUUUUGUCUGAGAACCAUGUCUAUUUUUGUAACUUGAGUGUGAGUUCUGUAUCUUCUCACAUUCUGUAUACUGUAUCCAUUUUCUAGAGAACCCAGUAGCUUUUAUACAGGCUCUUCUCUUAGCCCUUGUGGUUUCAGAACAAGCUUUAUUUUGUUACAAGUAUGCUGAUGACAACUAACUCCUGGUUCUAAUUCUACCUGCCAUUUUCCUUGUGGAGGUAGUUUUAUGUUGUGGAGGUAGUUUUACAUAAUCUAUGUGAUUGCUCCUCAGGCAGAUGGAAGGAGCUCAUAAGAUACCUGAUAUCUUUCAGUAAGUUCACUUGAUCUUCUCCUUUUGAAGAAUUUCUCAUCAAAAAUGACUGGGAAAGUUUGGGACAGUCAGUCAAAAGCAAGAAUAAUACAUUAUGAAGCAAACGGAAGAAAACAGUAUAUUCUGAGUGUUUUUUUCCCCCAGGAAGUCUGGAGUAAAAGUCCUCAUGUCACCAAUUUCUCUGUUGCAUGAAUUUUAGUGUUUUACUAUAAGACAGCAUGAGAGUUGUCAGGCCAAAAUCCGUUACUGUAUUUCCAGUACAAUUGAUCUUGAAUGUCUGUUUCUUUAGUUUUUACUUGUCAGUUUUCUUUGAGCAAACGUCCUUACCGUUAUGGAGAAUUUAACUUUUCAGAGAAAAUUGAGUGGAAGAAAAAUGCCAAAGUCCUUCACCUUAUUUGGCUUUUAUAGCUCUGUCCUUUGGAAGAGGAGAUGCAUGGCCUUAGUGCCUCUACAGAAAUCUGAAGUUGAAGUCAGGGGAGAAAAUGAGAUAAUUUUUUCCCCUUUAGCUCAUGAAUCUCCUAUGCCACAGGUAAUAACGAAACACCCGGAUUACAGGAUGUCACUCCAGUAAUUCCUGUGUACAGUGUAUUGGCAAUCCUCAUUCCAGUUUCUGAAGACCAGAACCUUGUGAGGAAGUGUUGUGCUUUGGUUCCUUCUGGUUUGAAUUGAUUGCUGUUUGUUACUCUGGCUGCACUAGAAGCCUCUUGAUUUAUUCAGAGAACUGUCCCCUGGUGACAUUUUUGAGGGGUAGUCCAUCCUGACACUGCUGAAAUUCUCUUUGAAAAAACCAAGGGACUAGAAUGUCUUAAGCUCACAUAACCUCUAAAUCCUGUUAGAUUAAAAAAAAAUGAUCCUCUCACAAAAACUAGUUUAGAAGAAAGCUCAGUUCCUCAAAAGUCAUCAUUUAAAAAUUGACAACUAUUCUCAGUUCCCUAAAUUAGCUGGAAUUGGAACACUAUAUAGUUUGUACCUAAAGAAUUUGAGUUAAACUCUCCUUAUUGGCAUUCCUACUUACUACCAUUUCAGCUCCUUUUGAGCAGGAUAGUUGAAAAUUAGGGAAAACACAUCAAAUCCAAGAGGACUCUAAUAAUUACUGAAAAGCAUUUAUGGCAUAAUUAUAAUUUUCAUUUUUUCCAUAAAAUAAGCAUUAUGAUUGCACACUCCUAUUGUCUGAAUUUAUGUAAGAGGUAUAGCUUGCUCAAAAUAUAUAUGUAAAAUUAUAUUUUUCUUAGAAACAUGGAUGUUUGCAAGCAUUGCUUUCAAAGAGAUUACCACCAUGCAUUCUCCCUGUUUUAUGUUUUCAUGAGAGGCUUCUGAUUAUCAAAGUGAUAACCUGUUUUUUAACUGCCUGUAUGUACCAGAUUUGUGAACUAAUUUUUAAAAAAGCAGAAAAAACCAUGAAUAAAAUGGAGUUUGCAAACUAAA